AGCCAGUCUAACGCUUGCAAUUGACUUAUCAGCAUCAGCUAUCGCUUGAGAAAAAAAUAAUAAAAUUUCAUAUGAAAUAAUAAAUAUAAUAUGUCACUGAAUUGUUUGCUUGUGUUUGUGUGUAUUUUUGUUGUCACCUCGGCGGAGGGAAAGUUCAAAUGUCAAGAUCGUUUUAAGCUUUGCAUGAAUUUAUGCUGUGAUAAAAAUCUCCUCUACAACUUCAAAUUGCAACAAUGUGUCUCCGCCAAGGAUAUGAAUGUGACUUGGAAUAAACAACUGGAGCUAGGUCAUAAGUUCUUAAAAACGGUAAAUUUGCUCACCGAAUUCGAUUUUGAAGAGCGAACACCUUGUAGAUCGGCCAAAAAUUAUACAAAUUUCGAUUAUGACAUUUUAAGUUUGGAUUAUGUUUUCGGAAAUUUUUGUUUUACACCCUACUACGUGGAUGAACGUAAGGAAUAUGUACUAUUGCCGGUCGUCACAAAUUGUAACAAAACUGAGGAACUUUUAAAUGCACAGGAAAUAUCUGUUAAUGCCUCCAAAAAACUACACAUCACUAUAGUCUUUGCAAUGAUAAUAACGACAAUGGUAUUUGCUGUACUAACCAUGUUCAUAUAUGGAUCAAUUAAGGAAUUACGACAAACUAUACAAACAAAGCUCUUCAUAAGUUAUGGAGCUUCGCUGGUACUUCCGCUCUUCAUUGUGAUGGUAAUAAUCUAUGAAAUUUUUUAUCCAUUUUUAAGGCCAAAAGAUGUGGUUAUUUUGGAUCACAUAACAUUGUACUUUGGUAUUGCCUCAAUAAUUUGGUCCAAUGUCAUAUGUUAUGAAAUGAAACGGAAUGCAAGAUUAAUGAACCAUCGACAUGAUUUAAGAGCAAUUUGGAUUAGAUUUUUCUGGUAUUCUUUGUUUGUUUGGUGUCUGUCGUUGGCAUUGCUUUUAUUGAAUUCAUUCACCGUCAAUCGGGAUCCCAUUUAUACGGAUGCCUUCAUGGUAAUCUUUCUUUCGCUAAAUUUAAUGGUAUUCUUUCUCUUAACAUUUCAAAUCCUAAAAAGUAAUGUACAAGCGGCAAAAUUACAAUGUGGUAACUAUAACAUAAUAAAAAAUUUUCGUAUAGUGCUACGUCUAGCAGCCAUGAUGGGACUAUCACAGAUUACCUACUAUGUGGCAUUUGCAAUUGGUGACAACAUUGACAGUGUAUCAGGAACAAAGCUAAUAUACAUAAUGGGUGGGGUCUAUAUGGCUGAUGCGAUAUUGGUGUUUUUACUAUUUGUAUUAAAACGAAACGUUUUGAAUAUAUUGAAAGCAAGGUACGGUUGCUGUUGUCUAAUACAUAACAAUAAUAGUGUAUCUGGCCCUACUUCCUCACCUUCUAUAUAGUAAGCAAUUUCAAAUAACGAGGGAACUCUGAUAUUUCUUAUUUGAAUGUGUUUAUUUCUUACCUGCAAAUAAAAAAAUGUAUUAUUAA